AUGGCCCAAAGUCUGCGAGAGGAGGUGACCUGUCCAGUUUGUCUGGAAAUUUUCUUCUGUCCCAUUUUACUCUCCUGUGAACACGUUUUCUGUUUUCAUUGCAUGCAAACAUGGCUGCUAGAACACAGGGAUCUGAAAUUGACCUGCCCCAUGUGUCGAGGGGUAGCAGAGAGCCCCCCUUUGGAGGAAUGGCAAAUCGGAGCACUAUCCCUUCUGGUCAGACAGCACAGUGGCCUACUGGUGAAAAGUCUGCACAUGAGCAAAGAAUUGCUGAGGUUCCAGGAGGUUAUGACUCUGGAUGCAAGCACUGCCAACCCCUUCCUUGUCCUCUCUGAUGACCUAAGGAAUGUUUGGUGUGGGAAGAUCUGCCACAACCCAGUGGAAGAUCCCCAGAGAUUCACCUACCUGACCUGUGUCCUGGGCACCCCAUUCUUCUCCUCUGGCUGCCAUUACUGGGAGGUCGAGGUGGGGGAGGGGAAGGAGUGGACUCUAGGGAUCUGCAAGGAGUCAGUCAACAGAAAGAGGAAAGGUGGUUUCUCCGUUGAGCACGGCUUCUGGUUUAUCAGCAUGAAGGCAGGAACAAUCUGCAUCAACUCCAUCCCGGAAACCAGAAUUCCUGCAAGCCCUGAACUUAGCCACGUAGGGAUAUUUUUAGAUGUAGAGAUGGAAGAAAUCAAGUUUUUUGAUGUUAGAGAUAACAUCCUCAUCUAUAUACACAGUCAUCUCUCAUGUUUGGAGCCUUUGCGUCUGUUCUUCUGUCCUGAGUUGCCUGGAGAAGGUGACAGGGGUGCUUCCCUGAAAAUCUGCUCGUGA